GGCGAGACAACCGUUUUAUUAGUGUAUUUACGGUGAAUAAAAGCACUUAGCUAUCUUCGUGAAGCUGCUGACAGACUGACGGAGUGUCUGUCCCUGCUGUCCGGGGGGGGUUUAUCCCAGCUCUGGAUUGUUUUUGUGCUGCUCCGAGGCCUCGUCGCAAAGUCUCAUAACCGUCCCCGGGAUUUCAUGUUGAAGUCGUCUGGUUUGGGGGACUGAAUUGAGUGUUUUCCUGUCGGAAGAUGGACACUGACAAAUUUAACUAUGUCUACAGCUGUGACUUGGAUAUUAACGUUCAACUCAAGAUAGGAAGUCUGGAAGGGAAGCGAGAGCAGAAGAGCUACAAAGCUCUGCUGGAGGACCCGAUGCUGCGCUUUUCAGGUCUGUACCAGGAGAACUGCUCGGACCUCUACGUCACCUGCCAGGUUUUUGCUGAGGGGAAACCGCUCGCUCUGCCUGUCCGCACGUCAUACAAAGCAUUCAGCACACGCUGGAACUGGAACGAAUGGCUGCGGCUGCCAGUCAAAUACCCAGACCUUCCCCAGAAUGCUCAGGUUGCUCUCACCGUGUGGGACAUCUACGGGCCCGGCAGAGCCGUCCCUGUUGGGGGAACCACCGUCACCCUGUUUGGCAAAUAUGGUAUGUUCCGGCAGGGAAUGCAUGACCUGAAGGUUUGGCCCGGUGUGGAGGGGGAUGGAGGGGAGCCCACCACCACACCUGGACGCACCAGCAGCAGCCUGGCAGAGGACCAGAUGGGCAGACUUGCCAAGCUGACGAAGGCUCAUCGUCAGGGCCACAUGGUGAAGGUAGACUGGCUGGACCGGCUGACCUUCAGAGAGAUCGAGAUGAUCAAUGAGAUUGAGAAGCGCAGCUCUAACUUCAUGUACCUCAUGGUGGAGUUUCCACGCGUCAAAACAAACGAGAAGGAGUACAGCAUUGUCUACUAUGAGAAGGAUGGGGAUGAAGCCUCGCCCGCUCCUACCAGCUCUGACAUCGUCAAAGUCCCUGACCCACAAAUGGGGAUGGAGAAUCUGGUGGAGAGUAAACACCAUAAACUGGCUCGUAGCCUUCGCAGUGGGCCCUCAGAUCAUGACCUGAAGCCUAACGCCGCCACACGAGACCAGCUCAACAUCAUUGUAAGCUACCCUCCAACCAAGCAGUUGAGCUCUGAAGAGCAGGACCUGGUGUGGAAGUUCAGAUACUACCUGACCACACAGGAAAAGGCACUGACAAAGUUCCUUAAAUGCGUGAACUGGGAUCUGCCUCAGGAGGCCAAACAAGCGCUGGAGCUGCUGGGGAAGUGGAGGCCCAUGGAUGUGGAGGACUCGUUGGAGCUACUAUCCUCCCACUUUACCAACCCGACAGUGAGACGCUACGCUGUGGCGCGCCUGCAGCAGGCUGAUGAUGAGGACCUGCUGAUGUACCUCCUCCAGCUGGUGCAGGCGCUCAAGUACGAGAACUUCAGUGACAUUCAGGGAGGCUUGGAGCCAGGCAGCAAGAGAGAGAGCCAGGGGCUUUCAGAUGACUCCAUGCUGGACAGCUCGCAGAGUCUUUCCGGCACAUCUGGAUCUUCCUCUGCCCCACAGCAGAAGGGCAAAGAAGGAGCCGACAGUGAGAAUCUAGAGCAAGACUUGUGCACCUUCCUCAUUUCACGUGCUUGCAAGAACUCUACACUUGCCAACUACUUGUACUGGUACGUGAUUGUGGAGUGCGAGGAUCAGGACACGCAGCAGCGAGACCCCAAAACGCACGAGAUGUACCUGAACGUUAUGAGGAGGUUCAGCCAGGCGUUACUGAAGCACGACAGGAGUGUGAGGGUGAUGCGCUCGCUCCUGGCGGCUCAGCAAACCUUUGUGGAUAAACUCGUGCAACUCAUGAAAGCUGUCCAAAGGGAGAGUGGAAACCGCAAGAAGAAGACGGAGAGGCUGCAGUAUCUGCUGGCUGACAACGAGAAGGUGAAUCUCUCCGACAUCGAGCCCAUUCCUCUUCCUCUGGAGCCCCAGAUCAGGAUCAAAGGGAUCGUCCCGGAGACGGCAACACUUUUUAAGAGCGCUCUGAUGCCGGCCAAGCUGAUCUUCAGAACCGAGGACCAAGCGAUGUACCCGGUCAUCUUCAAACACGGAGAUGAUCUGAGGCAAGACCAGCUCAUCCUGCAGAUCAUCUCGCUCAUGGACAAACUGUUAAGGAAAGAGAACUUGGACUUGAAGUUGACUCCAUAUAAAGUUCUGGCCACGAGCACCAAACACGGUUUUAUGCAGUUUGUCCAGUCGGUCCCUGUCGCUGAAGUUUUGGCUACUGAAGGCAACAUUCAGAGCUUCUUCAGGAAACACGCACCGAGUGAAAAGGGGCCUUACGGCAUCAGCUCAGAGGUGAUGGACACCUACGUUAAGAGCUGCGCUGGUUACUGUGUCAUCACCUACAUCCUGGGAGUUGGAGACAGACAUCUGGACAACCUGCUGCUAACAAAGACUGGGAAGCUCUUCCACAUCGACUUCGGCUACAUUCUCGGUCGAGAUCCCAAACCGCUGCCUCCGCCCAUGAAGCUGAGCAAAGAGAUGGUGGAGGGGAUGGGGGGCAUGCAGAGCGAGCAGUACCAGGAGUUUAGGAAGCAGUGCUACACCGCCUUCCUCCACCUUAGAAGAUACUCCAACCUGAUCCUGAAUCUGUUCUCUCUCAUGGUGGACGCCAAUAUUCCUGACAUCGCUCUGGAGCCGGACAAGACAGUUAAAAAGGUGCAGGAUAAGUUCAGAUUGGACCUAUCAGAUGAGGAGGCCGUUCACUACAUGCAGAGUCUGAUCGAUGAGAGUGUGGGCGCUUUGUUUGCUGCAGUGGUCGAGCAGAUACACAAAUUUGCUCAGUAUUGGCGCAGAUGAACAAAGCAGACAAGUGGCACGAGGCUGAAGUGGAUCCAGUUUUCUACGCGGCAUGAACACGCAGUUGCACAGCUCUGGUCCAACUGAGAUGUUUUUGCGUGUUUGUGUGAAGAUGAAAGAAACCCAGUGACACUUAAAAAAAAAAAGGCCAAGAAUGCACUGCCAACUUUUACAGCAAGAUGGCACAUCAAGGACAUGUAAAUCUUUGUUUGCUCAUGUAUAUAACGUGUACAUUAAUUACUGAAUGAAUGAUUG